AUGGGCCAGUUCCGAUUGCAUUCGUCUUCGUUUGGAACGGAUGAUUUCAUGUUGUUCAUGAGAUUCCUACUCGACAGAGUCGUUCCUUCCAUUCCAGAGAAACCACUAUCACGGCAGUUUUUCACCACAAAUUCGGUCAGUUGUCAAGAAUGGCUGUCACGGACAUAUCCAUUUGCGAUGAUUGUAGCGUAUCAUAACGGAUAUUACGCUCAGGUAAUCCGCUUUGGUACAUCUGCACUGGCAGACCUUGAAAAGAAACAAUUGAAACUGGAAAGCGGAUUAGCUGAAGGUGCGUGA